CGCGGUGCAUUGUGGGGCGGGAGAGGAGAGUCACUGCUCAGCCAGGGCCGCCAUCUUGGCUGCGUCCGGACUCGCUCCCGCUCCCGGGGCCUGUUCCUUCUCCCCGCAGCGCAAAGCGGUGGAAAGGGAGAAGACGAAAGGCCCGCCCGGGCGUUGCUGAUGCGCGCAGAGCCUCCUCGCACCUCUCYCGGGCGCCGCUAGCAGAGGGGGCGGGGGUGGUCGAGCGGCUGCCGGCGCGGCCUCUCCUCUGCCGGGAUGGGUCGGUCCCGCAGCCGGAGCUCGUCCCGCUCCAAGCACACCAAGAGCUCCAAGCACAACAAGAAGAACCGGAGCCGAUCGCGGUCGCGCUCCCGAGAAAAGGAGCGGGCACGGAAGCGCUCCAAGUCCCGGGAGAGCAAGCGGAACCGGCGCCGGGAGUCCCGCUCCCGCUCGCGCUCUAACACGGCCCCCUCCUCCCGGCGCGACCGGGACCGGGACCGCGACCGCGCCUCCUCCCCUCCCGACCGCAUCGACAUCUUCGGGCGCACGGUGAGCAAGCGCAGCAGCCUGGACGAGAAGCAGAAGCGGGAGGAGGAGGAGAAAAAAGCGGAGUUCGAGCGGCAGCGGAAAAUUCGUCAACAAGAAAUCGAAGAGAAACUCAUAGAGGAAGAAACUGCUCGAAGAGUGGAAGAACUUGUAGCUAAACGUGUAGAAGAAGAGUUGGAGAAAAGAAAGGAUGAGAUUGAGCGAGAGGUUCUCCGCAGGGUGGAGGAGGCUAAGCGCAUCAUGGAAAAACAGUUGCUCGAAGAACUCGAGCGACAGCGACAAGCUGAACUUGCAGCACAAAAAGCCAGAGAGGAAGAAGAGCGUGCAAAGCGUGAGGAACUAGAGCGAAUACUGGAAGAGAAUAAUCGAAAAAUUGCAGAAGCACAAGCUAAACUGGCUGAAGAACAAUUGAAAAUUGUUGAAGAACAAAGAAAGAUUCAUGAGGAGAGGAUGAAACUAGAACAAGAGAGACAGCGUCAGCAAAAGGAAGAGCAAAAAAUUAUCCUGGGCAAAGGAAAGUCUAGGCCAAAACUGUCCUUCUCCCUAAAAAGCCAGGAUUAAAUUUCAACUCUGAACUCUUACAAAAAAAAAAAAAAAAAAGGAAAACAAACAAAAACUUUGUAUGGUAGCUUCAUGUUGAAGUGUUUUUUGUUUUCUUUUUUCUCUCAAUUUUUUUUUGUCUUUUUUGAAAGUUGGAAAGUUAGCUUGUUCUAAUAGGGGCUGUGCUCUGCAAUUCUUUUUUUUUUUUAAUAAACUUCCAUUAAGUUAAACCCUUAUCAGAUCAUCAUUGCCUUUUAGAGGGUAAUUGUUUUCAUCAAUUUUGUUUCUGUAUUGGUGGUCUGAAGAAACUCAUGUCACUUUAUGAACUGUUGAUGAUCUGAUAAGGUUUUACUGACCUACUCAUCAGAGUUUGACUCUGAUAAUUGACAGAACUUUAUACUGGGUAUUGCUGACUUUUAAUGUUUUUAUUUUAAAGUCAGUAAAUACAGGAGUAAAUUGCCAUAGUAUUACUGGACCUCUGUGGUUUAUUGUUAAAUCAGUGUCCUAUGAUACUGUCCCAUUGUUGCUCUUGAUGUUCCUGAUACAGGUAAGGAAAUAGUUUGUCAUUUCUGCUAUGAUUAAAUAGAGAGUUCAGUAUUGUCUCUGUUAGAUUUGUUUUUGUUACAUUGACAGCAUUCAACCAGCGUUCCCCAUUGUGUAAAUAAACCAAUUUGCUGAAUAAAGUGAAAGUCUUAAAUUCA